CAUACACGGCAUUCGAGAACUUCGAUGUGCCCCGCGCGCGCUGUGACUGAUCUUUGCAUGUCGGCAAAUAAUGAUAGACCACCCUGUACAACGCACACGCAGGAGCUAGGCGCGGCGAGCGAUGCAAGUUCACGAGCGGUGGUCAGGCGGAGUUGUCCGAGGUUGAAAUGGGCCUCGAGGAAGGACUUUCCACCGUCAAGUUACUAUAACGGCACCUUGCCGAGAAAUCGUUUUCCGACGAAGCGUGAUGGGUGGAUUCUGCACCACGCUAGCCCAACCGAUCUCUGCGUGCGCGCUGCGACGAGUGGUCCAUCGGUCGUAGGAUCGGAAUCGGGCACGCAGCAAUGGCCUCGUCUGCGACGGUCCCUCUCGCGUUGGUGACGCCUCUGCCACUGCUUGCCGGACCUCAGUUACUUGGUGCGUUCUUCAACUGGGACCUCCUGGGAGUCAUAACACUACAAUGCUAUUCAUAUUACGACAACUUCAAGACCAAUCGACUCUCCCUCAAAUGCCUCGUGCUUAGCGUGCUCAUUUUCGAGUGGGUGCAAACCGGGCUGAUCACCGCAGACGAGAUGCGGAUCUACGUGUAUGACCACGGGAACGUCAUUUCAGUACUCGCAUUCCACAGCACAUGGUUCUCCGUGACGAUCAUGAGUGGACUCAUCUCGGCCGUCGUGCAGAUGUUCUUCGCGUGGCGGGUCUUCAAGCUGUCACGGUCGCGCGUGCUCGGCGGGUCAAUGGCUGCGUUCAUCGUCGCGCUCGCGGUGUCGCAGAUGGUUGCAUGUAUGAUCGCGAGAUCGAAGGCGAAAGCUGAGGGCAUUGCUUCUGCGCUGCACGGGCAGCUGCGCACUGCCAUCAUCGUCUGGCUCACGGGCGCCGUCGCCGUCGACGUGCUGAUCGCCGUGUGCAUGACUUACCUGCUCCUGAGGAGCAAGACCGGUAUAGCAUCAACAGACGCGCUUAUCAACAGGAUGGUCCGCCUAGUGGUCGAGACAGGCACUUUGACUGCUAGUCUCUCGAUCCUCGGCCUUAUCGCCGGGAGCAUCCGACCGCUGCAUGAGACGUUAGUCUAUGAGGUGCUUGCGUUCAUCUUCACGAAGAUGUACUCGAUCACAUUCCUUACCAACCUCAACAGUCGCGUAUACCUACGCAAGUACGACAAAUCCGCAAUCGAGCUCCCGUCGAUGAGCGGGCUCCGUUUCGCCCAUAACACCACCUCCGAGGCCCAGACGAGCACCGCGGAGAUGGCGAUGGCGCAGAAGAGCUUUGCACUCGUUGGCGCGACGUGGUCCGCGAUGCACCGGAGGGUCGUGGACGCAGAGAGCGACGACACGGCCUCUGAGAAGUCAGAGAAACGUAGGAAGCGGCGGAACCCGACCGUGUAAGGUUGUGGGCUCGUCUGUACUCGGAUGGUCUCGGGUGGGGUGUCCGACAGUUCGAGGCCGUGGCUAAGUCACUGGGGAAGUGCGCAAAUCCGCCCGUUG